AUGUCUUUAACAACGCUCCUGUUGACGCCCUAUUCGAUCCUCCUCCUCCCGGUCAUCUUCUACAUCCUGCCUUACCUCCGUAACUGGCAGAUCCGCGACAUCCCAGCUCCAUUUCCAGCGGCCUGGACAAACCUCUGGCUCUUAUACCAAUGUCGGCGCGGGAAACGUUAUCUCGCUGUUCAUGAAGCACACAAGAAAUACGGAAAACUCGUUCGCCUUCAACCACAUCAUGUCAGUAUUGCGGAUGCGGACGCUAUUCCUCAGAUCUACGGUCAUGGCAACGGGUUCCUAAAGAGCGAGUACUAUGACGCCUUUGUGUCGAUCAGGCGUGGUUUGUUCAACACGAGGGAUCGUGCGGAACAUACGAGAAAGAGAAAGACGGUGUCUCACACCUUUUCUGCCAAGAGUGUGUUGCAGUUUGAGCAGUAUAUUCAUCAUAACCUUGAAGAGCUGCAGAAGCAGUGGGAUCGAAGGGCGGAAAGCGCUGAAAAGAAGGGAGAAUGGUAUCAUAUGGAUGCGCUCCACUGGUUCAACUACCUGGCUUUCGACGUUAUUGGAGACUUGGCGUUUGGGGAACCAUUCGGUAUGCUGGCCAAGGGCAAGGAUGAGGCAGAGGUUAGCAAGGCGGGGCAAAUCACAUAUGCUCCCGCUAUCGAAGUAUUGAACCGAAGAGGAGAAGUCAGUGGAACCAUCGGAUGUUUCCCUGCCAUCAAGCCCUACGCGAAACACCUCCCAGACCCCUUCUUUAGUCAAGGUAUGAAGGCCAUCGAAGACCUCGCCGGCAUAGCAAUCGCCCGCGUAAAUGCACGUCUCGAGAAACCAUCUGAUCGUGUCGACCUCUUGGCCCGCCUGAUGGAAGGUCGCGACGAAAGCGGCCAGAAACUCGGCCGCGAAGAACUCACAGCCGAAGCCCUAACCCAACUUAUCGCUGGCUCAGACACCACGUCCAACACCUCCUGUGCCCUUCUCUACCACUGUCUCCAGCACCCAGAUGUCGUCCGUAAGCUACAAAAGGAACUAGACGACGCCUUGCCAGAUGCAGAUGCCGUACCAAGCUACGCCCAGGUCAAAGAUCUACCCUACCUAGACGCCGUCAUAAAAGAGACAAUGCGUAUCCACAGCACAUCUUCCCUCGGUCUUCCUCGCCUUAUUCCUCCUGGCCCUGGUAUAACGCUCCUAGGCCACCACUUUCCCCAAGGAACCGUCCUUUCCGUUCCCGCAUACACCAUUCACCACUCCACAGAGAUCUGGGGCGAAGAUGCCGAUGUGUUUCGACCUGAGCGCUGGGAGAAUGUCACGGAAAAACAAAAGGCGGCUUUUAUCCCGUUCAGCUACGGGCCGAGGGCUUGUGUGGGGAGGAAUGUUGCGGAGAUGGAGUUGGCGCUUAUUGUAGGGACGGUGUUUAGGAGGUAUGAGUUUGAGAUUCGACAGGGGGAGUUGGAGACUAGGGAGGGAUUUUUGAGGAAGCCGCUGGGGUUGGAAGUUGGGAUGAAGAGGAGGAGGUUUGAUUAA